GGGGACAGAGCAGUGGGCCCGGGCAACCCCGGUGGAGGUGGCCACGGCGUCCGUGCGCGCCGCUGUCCUCCGGGACCUGCGCGCGGUGGGGGCGGGGAAGGCGGCGGGAGAGCGCGGCGGGCGGGAAGGGGCGGAGAGCGCACUCCUGCGGAGGCGGCUGUGCUCAUCCCGGCGGCCAAGAGCUCCAGUGCUCGCAGGGCUCUGCAGAUGGCUUGCCCCGCUCUCGGUCUGGAAGCCCUUCAGCCCCUGCAGCCCGAACCACCUCCGGAGCCUGCCUUCGCCGAGGCACAGAAGUGGAUCGAGCAAGUCACUGGUCGAAGUUUUGGGGACAAAGACUUCCGGACAGGACUAGAAAAUGGAAUCCUUCUUUGCGAGUUGCUGAAUGCUAUAAAACCAGGACUUGUUAAAAAGAUCAAUAGAUUGCCUACCCCUAUUGCAGGAUUGGACAAUACCAUCUUAUUCUUGAGAGGCUGCAAAGAGCUUGGCCUUAAAGAAUCUCAACUCUUUGACCCGAGUGACCUCCAGGAUACGUCCAACAGGGUCACUGUCAAGAACCUUGAUUAUAGCAGGAAGCUGAAAAACGUGUUAGUGACCAUUUACUGGCUGGGGAAAGCUGCAAACAGCUGCGCCUCCUACAGUGGAACCACACUGAACCUGAAGGAGUUUGAAGGACUGUUGGCUCAGAUGCGAAAGGAGACUGAUGACAUUGAGAGCCCUAAACGCAGUAUCCGAGACAGUGGCUACAUUGACUGCUGGGACUCUGAACGCAGCGACUCCCUCUCGCCUCCUCGCCACGGCCGAGAUGACUCCUUCGACAGCCUGGAUUCUUUUGGCUCCCGUUCCCGGCAGACACCCUCUCCAGAUGUAGUUCUCAGGGGAAGCAGUGAUGGAAGAGGAAGCGAUUCUGAAUCAGACUUGCCACACCGGAAGUUGCCAGACGUGAAGAAAGAUGAUAUGUCCGCAAGACGGACUUCCCAUGGUGAACCGAAAUCAGCAGUGCCUUUUAACCAGUACCUCCCCAACAAGAGCAAUCAGACAGCCUAUGUCCCAGCACCUCUGAGAAAGAAGAAGGCGGAGCGGGAGGAAUACAGGAAGAGCUGGAGCACAGCCACCUCCCCCUUGGGUGGGGAGAGGCCCUUCAGUUAUCCUGACACGAUAGAGGAGGAGGGAAGUGAAGCAGGGUCUCCCUGUGAAGAUGACCCCAGCGGUCUGAUGGGCCCUGAUGGGAAGUCUGAUGGUGGGUUAGAAGCUCCUCCCAGCAGUGGUGAGGGGCAGUCUCCUGAGGGCGUCGCUGUGGUGCCAGCUGCUGUUUCUGAAGACAGAGACUCCGUGGAAAGCCGAAAGCUCAGAAGGCUGGAGCAAGCUGGGAUCAAGGUCAUGCCUGCAGCACAACGCUUUGCCAGUCAAAAGCAGUUGAGUAAAGAGAAAGAAGCUAUCCGUGACAUAAUCCUUCGGAAAGAAAACCCUUUCCUGGCCCACCAACAUUGCAAAGAUUCGGAGUCAGAAGAUGAAGCUGCAUGCCGACUGCCUGACCUUGAGAAAGAUGACUUUGCUGCAAGGAGGUCAAGGAUGAACCAAAACAAACCAGUAGUACCACUUAAUCAACUCCUGUAUGGGCCUUACCCGAAAAAAGACAGAGAGAAGACAGGUGGCUGCAAACAGCUCUCAAAGGGAGCACCAGACAAGAAAACCCUAGCAUAUAAAAGAGAUCAGGGCCAACCAGAAGAGGCGAACACAACAGUGCCCUGUGUCACGCGAACUCAGGAGAGUGAACCAGUGGAAGCAAAUUUUAGGAAGGCACCAGAUCUUCAGAAGGACGACCUGGCCCAGAGGAGAAUUCAGGGCAGAGGUACCUCUCACCGAGAGGCUCCGAGCUUCAUCAAACUCUCUGGUAUUACAGAAGCCGACCUGGAGACAUGGGAGAGAUUGAAAGUGUCAGAAAAGGCGAGGGAUGGAGAUGCUCAGAACACCUGUGCCCCUGAGCCCUCACCAGAAAUCAAUGCAGAAAUUGCCAUUCGGGAUGACUUUGCCAGCCGUAAAGCAAGGGCCUAUAAGAAAGCAUCCAGCCCCAGGCAAAAGUUUGUGCACUUUGGGCCUGUGACAGAGAUAGACCAACAGACUUGGAAGCGGCUCAGCAUUGGCAAGAUGGGGCCUAGGGACGAUUCGGAGGUUGUCAGUCACAGCAGCCAGAGCCAAACGUCCUCUGUGUCACCUCCCUCUACUGCCACUUUUGGCUUAAAGGAAGACCAAAUGCUUGGCCCGCAGAACGACUGCAGGAUAGCACGUACUGGCACAGAUGACUGUCUCAAAAAGGCUCCAUGGCUGGCGCCAGUGCUGGAGUCUCAGGAAGAGCAGGUCUGCAUUCAAAGUGACAACCCAAAGACAGAGGAAGUUACACCCACGCAGCUGCCACAGGAUGGCAGAGAACAAAACGAAGAACUUAUUGAAAAACAGCCUGAGAUGCUGCCAAGAGUAAAAGGACCAGAGGAAUGCAGCGGACCCCUAUACGGUCCGAGGACUCCUGUGUCAGAUGACCCAGAGAGCACGAGCAUGUUUGACAUGCGGUGUGAGGAGGAGGCAGCGGUGCUGCCGCACAGCAGGGCCCGCCAGGAGCAGCUGCAGCUGAUAAAUAACCAGCUGAGGGAAGAGGACGACAAAUGGCAAGAUGACCUGGCUCGUUGGAAGAGCCGUAGAAGAAGUGCUUCUCAGGACUUAAUCAAGAAAGAGGAAGAAAGGAAAAAAAUGGAGAAGCUGAUGUCCGGAGAAGAUGGGACAAGCGAACGAAGGAAAAGCAUCAAAACUUACAGAGAAAUUGUUCAAGAAAAAGAACGGAGGGAGAGGGAGCUGCAUGAGGCAUAUAAGAACGCGCGCUCCCAGGAGGAGGCCGAGGGCAUCCUCCAGCAGUACAUCGAGAGGUUCACCAUCAGUGAGGCUGUGCUCGAACGCUUGGAGAUGCCAAAAAUCCUGGAAAGAAGCCAUUCAACAGAGCCAAACUCAUCCUCCUUCCCAAACGACCCCAGCCCCAUGAAAUACUUGCGGCAGCAGUCACUGCCUCCACCCAAGUUCACUGCCACGGUUGAAACCACCAUCGCUCGCACCAGUGUCCCAGACGCCAGCGCGGCAGCAGGCAGUGGGUCUCCAAGCAAGACCGUCACUCCGAGUGCAGUGCCUAUGCUGACACCCAAGCCUUACUCCCAGCCCAAAAACUCUCAAGAGGUUCUCAAGACUUUUAAGGUAGAUGGGAAGAUCAGCAUGAAUGGAGAAAUGGCCCGUGGAGACGAGGAAGAGAAGGAAAAAGAAGGAGCCAUGGUGGCACCUGGCCCUUCCUUAACCAAGUCCCAGAUGUUUGAAGGCGUGGCCACAGUUCAUGGCUCCCCCGUGCAGGUGAAGCAAGGCGGCAACAGCAUCGAGAUCAACAUCAAGAAGCCAAAUUCUGCUCCCCGGGAACUGACAGCAGCCUCUGAUGAAUUGAACUGCCAAGAAGAUGAGAAUGAUGACGGGAAGUCAGGGACACAGGAAGUGGAGCUGGACUCAGCAGAGCCACAGCAUUUUACAACAACUGUGACGCGAUGCAGCCCAACAGUGGCCUUGGUAGAGUUUCCCUCCAGCCCGCAGGUGAAGAAUGAAGUGCCAGAAGAGCAAGACCAGAAGAAGCCAGAAAACGAAAUGAGUGGGAAGGUGGAGUUAGUGCUGUCACAGAAGGUGGCAAAGCCAAAAUCCCCAGAACCUGAAGCAACCUUGACGUUUCCGUUUCUUGACAAAAUGCCAGAAACCAACCAACUGCAUUUGCCAAAUCUCAGUUCUCAAGCAGAUUCUCCAAGCAGUGAAAAGUCCCCUGUGACCACACCUUUUAAGUUCUGGGCAUGGGACCCAGAAGAGGAGCGCAGGCGACAGGAGAAAUGGCAGCAGGAGCAAGAGCGUCUGCUCCAGGAGAGGUAUCAGAAGGAGCAAGAUAAGCUGAAAGAAGAGUGGGAAAAGGCCCAAAAGGAGGUGGAGGAAGAAGAGCGCAGAUACUACGAGGAGGAGCGUAAGAUAAUUGAGGACACUGUGGUUCCGUUCACUAUUUCCUCAAGUUCUGCAGAUCAGCUGUCUACUUCCUCAUCUGCAACUGAAGGCAGCGGGGCAACGAAUAAGAUGGACUUGGAAAACUGUCCGGACAAGGAAGAAGAGAGAAGACAGAAGACUCCUUCCCAGGAGAAUGACAGUGGCCCCUUGCUCAAGGCUAGGGAGAGUGGUCUGCUAGAGGAGGGCAGCAGCCUAACUCAAGGGCCCUCAGCUGACUCUGAAAACUCCGUGGCAAAAGGAAUCCAUCAGGAGCAGCAGCUGGGGACAGAGGCUGAGGCCCCACACUGUGGAACAAACGCACAGCUAGCUCAGGAUCCACCUCAGAAUCAACAGAUGCUAAACCCGUCAACAAACAUGUCGGAAGAUGUGAAGCCCAAGACCCUGGCCCUGGACAAAAGCGUUAACCAUCAGAUUGAGUCUCCAGGGGAAAGGCAGAAGAAAAGCCCUCGAGACAACUUCCGGGCUGGGCCCCUCUCCCCCUGUUCUCCUACCCCACCUGGCCAGUCACCAAACAGGUCUGUAAGCGGGAAGAAGCUGUGCUCCUCCUGUGGGUUCGCUUUGGGUAAAGGAGCGGCGAUGAUCAUCGAGACCCUGAACCUCUACUUUCACAUCCAGUGUUUCAGGUGUGGCAUUUGUAAAGGACAGCUCGGAGAUGCAGUGAGUGGGACAGAUGUCCGGAUUCGCAACGGUCUCCUAAACUGUACCGAAUGCUACAUGCGAUCCAGAAGUGCUGGCCAACCUACGACACUGUGAUGUGGUUGGGAGCUUCCGGAUCACCUAGAAUUUCCUUACGAAGGGUGUCCCUUGGCAACGGCUUAAUUAAACCCCAAGUUCAGGGGCUUCUCCGAGUUCAUCUGAUUUCUGGAGGACUCUUCCACAUGGUGGAUCUGCUCUUUUUGUAUCGUGGCACAGUGUCUGUGCUUCUUCUGAUUGGGAGGCUGAUUUUCUUUUCCUGCAUUUGCACAGUGUACACAAAAAGAAUAUUGCAUUGCAAUGAUCCUGAACAGUUAACAGUUUUAGCAUGGGCAGAAAGGCUUAUGGUUGAAAAGGUGUUACUCUCUUGUUUGGGAAAAUAGCAAAAGGGUGCAAUAAACCUGUUGCGUUUUAGUAUUUCUAGAAAUUAGACACGUUAUGUUUACAGAAGUGAGCUGCAGGAAGUGCAAGACAAUGCCAGCUUAAGACAGGAACAUAAAGUGAAUGCAUUUCAGAAAAAAGCAGACACCCCAGCAAGCUCUGACUCUGAACUAUAAUUUUUUUUUUUUGAUGCAAACACACUAGCCUGAUAAUAUAUACUGUACUCCUGAAAACAUUUGUGUUACUUACCUUUGGGGGCAGAAGUCCUACCAAUAAAUUAUCACGCUGUUAGUAUUAGAUAUUGUGUACCCUGGAAGUCAUGUCAUGAAUAGAGGCUGGUCCGUCAAACGAAGAGGGCCCUUGCGGUGUCUCUAGACUUCCACUCUGCGACAAGGGUAGGAGGAAGCAGGAAGGAAAUAGAUCAGCCAUUGUCUUCAAACUUAUUAUAAAACCUAUGGGAAGGUGUAAUCCACAAGGGUGGUCUGCCAGUGGUAGCCUUGAGGCUUGGGUUGCUUGCUCUCUGUAAGCAUUGGGGGCUUGACAUGAGGAUGUGCGUAUUAGGCAUCAAGAACAGGCCAUUUUUUUGGAAUGAGCACGUCUCAUCUUUGCCUGCAAGUUCUCCUUGAGGGCAUGAUGCCCCGGCAUCCAAAGAAAUGCAUUAGACCCGUCCUAACAGAACCCAGAGAGCAGGACGUGACAAGCCCGCAAUGCAGCCUGAUCAGUAAGUGGCACCAACACAAGGCAGGCCAUGCCCUGUCCACUCCCACAGACCUGUGCGCGGCUCCAUCCUCCCACAUCGCUGGCGGAGACCUGUUCUCUGCCCCGUGUGAUAUGUUUCAGCUGGACACGAAAGGAAUGAGGUUGCUAAACCAGCACGAUUUAGCUCUCCAGGCUGUUUUCCUUAAAACGGGGGGGGGGGGGGGGGGGGGGAGGAAUGGGAACUAUUUAUUCUGCCUUAAAAGAAUGGGCAACUAAGUGAAGAUGGCAUUAGGGAAAUGUAGACUAUGGAUACCCUCGAAGUAGGCUAAUGUAGUAUAGACAGAAAGCAAGUAGACGUUUUUCUGUUAUGUAAGCAAUAAUUUUUUUCUGUGUCUUAUGGAGUAUGGCUAGCAAUUAUUUAUUUCCAUGCUAGACAGUUCUUUGCAUGUGGGUCCCUUACAGGUGCAGACAUCUCCGUGGCCACUUGGAGGUACAUUGGCCACUUUGUCAUUUGGACGAGCUGUUACUGGAUUGAAAUUCACACACCAUUUCAUCAAAAAUUGUGCCUUAGAAAACUGCAGAGCUGUUGCACACAGUGACAAAUGGCAGAUUCAGAACACCGAAGGGAGGUGAAGUCACUUCCUAGUCCCCCGUGACUCCUCUCGGAGGUGUUCGCCGCUUUACGAGAAAAAAAAAAAUUAAUUAAAAAAAAAUUUAAAAGACAAAUAAAAAAAAAGGAAAAAAAAUUUAAAAAGAAAAAGAAAAGUUUUGAAAAUGUACAGAUCAAGUCCAAUAUUUUGAUGAAGCACCUGCAUGUUUUAUUAACUAUUUUAAUAACGUGGAUGUUUACACUUUGCAUGAUACUAAGUACUUUACAAGAAAGGAUGCACAAAAUAUGUACAAUCCGGUCAUUCAUAAGCGACUUUUAUAGGAUACUUUUUACAUGUGCGAGGCCAUCCGUUAUGUCAGGAGCACAUGAGAACUGCACAUUCUUCUGGUUUCACAAAGCCAUUUAUACAUAUUUCUUAGUGAGACUCAUUGUACAUGUAUUGAAGCUUAGACUGGAGUCAAGAGAAAUAAAACCCCAUUCUCCAAGUGCAGAACGUGCUUUCCCGUAAUGAACACUAGUCACCAGCCCGGAAUAAUCUCCAACAUCUUCCAAAUUCUAAUUGCCAACUGUUUCUAUUUCUAUUUGAUUUAUAUUUCAUUUAGAGUCAGUUACAUGGCAGCUUCGGCAGACUAGAUUCUGUCGUUUUUUCCAAUGCAGCGUAAGACUAUGAUCUAUUUCUCUUCAAAUAAUCUUUGAGAUCGCAGGGGAAGCAGCGCUCUGUUGUGUGGAGUUACAAUGUAAAUGUGUUUGUUUAAAACCCAGAUGAGGCAAGUGAGUGAUUUAUUGCUCCUGGAGGACAGUGACUGACUCUCCCCCCACCCCCAGACUCCAGAAGCUUCUUUCCCAAGGACAAAAAUGGGCGACUCUUGUUUCUCACUAGCAAACCUUCACGACAUUUGUCCUUCUUCCGGUGUGGUGUCGCUAACGUGAUACAUACUCUAAUUACCUGUACAUCCAAAAGAUGCCCUUGUUCUGGGUGGGCGACAUCCCGUAUCAGUUACACUAACUUUCAUUUACAAUAUUUAUUCUAAAACGCCUCUGAGAAAUAGUUUUAAAAAAAUUUAAAAAAAUGAAAAGUUGUCUAAAAUGCAACAGCUUUUAUAGUAAAUGUACAUUUAUAAAUAAAAUACUCAAAUUGA